ACAAAAAACAAAAAUUAGAAUAAGAAUAACAAUAUGUUCAAAAUAAAUAAUAAGAAUAACAAUAAUAAUGAAACAUUAAUAAAAAUGUUAGAGAAAAGUGCCAGGUAGGAAAUAAAAAAAAAAAAAAAAAAAAAAAAAGCAGUCCCUAACUAACGCUUCCCAGCGUCCCCACUGCUCUAACCCCCAAUUCCCUCACUGCAAAAUUUAGGGCUCCAUUGUUGGCAGCAAUGUCCACCACCACCGCCGAGAGAAUCUCAUCAGGCCCUCAACUGUCAGACACGAACAAACAGCAAAUUCGCAAGGCCUUCAACCUCAUCAAGACCCACGCUUCCGCUGUUGCCAAUUUUACCCUCCAAUGGCAGGAACUCGAAGACCACUUCAUCUUCAUCAACAAUUCCAUCCAAUCCAAGCUUCAAGAAUUCCGUCGGAAAAAUCAAUCCCUAGAUACCCAAUUCACUUCCGCACAGCAAUCCCAACUUAGUACCCUUGAAGAGGACGUUUUCAGUCCCACCCUCCAAGGCCAUUCCAAUUCCAAGGAAACCCAUUCCGCUACCUCUCCCUCUGUUCCAUCCCAAUGCAAUCCCGUGGAUACCCAGAUCAAAAAUGAAGAAUCCUUUCGGGCCGACUCGAAUUUUAAUGAUAUUCCCAGAAAGAACGGGAAGGUAUUGCUGGUUUACUUGAACGGGCAUCUAAAAGAGCACGAAUCCAUGCGUGACGGAGUCCACAAUGCGCUUAAGGCUUCAGAGGACUCUGCAAAGCUAGUGCUUGAGGCAAUUGAAGAAGGUUUUUGUCCAACGGAGUUGAAAACUGGAGGUGGAGAUUUGGAGGUAAGCGCUACAAGGAGGAGCUGUGUGCUUUUGUUGGAAGAGUUUAUGAAGGUAGCACCUUUGGUUAAACCUCGAGCGAUAGAACAGGCAGCGAAACUUGCAUCGUUAUGGAAGGCUAAUAUAAAAGCGGAAGUUUGGAAUUCUAUUGAAGUUUGGGGAUUUUUGCUGCUUUUGGGUGCUUAUGCUUUGGUUGAUAGAUUCGAUAGUGAUGAGAUUUUGGAACUUUUUAAGAGUGUGGUGCAGCGGAAGCAGGCUCCGGAAUUGUUUAGGUCUCUGGGUUUGGCUGAUAAGGCCUCUGAUUUUAUCCAGCAUCUUAUUUCAGAGAAGAAACAACUUGCAGCUGUUAGAUUUAUCUUUGCCUUUGAAAUGAUUGAUAAGUUUUCCCCGGUACCCCUGCUUAAAGCCCAUUUAAAUCACGUUAAAAAGGUUGCUAGGGUGCCCUUAAAGAAGGGGAAAAAUUCUCUGAAAGCACAGAAUGAUGCCACAAAUAAAGAAAUAGCCUCUCUGAAAAGUGUAAUAAAGUGUAUUGAAGACUACGAACUUGAAUCCGAAUACUCUCCUGAGAAUCUAAGGGCACGCAUUGAUCGGCUGAGAAAGAUGAUAAAAGAGAGGAAAGGAAUGCAAACAGCUUCUGGCUCCCAGGCUCAGGUGCAACAGCUGAGUGGAAACAAAAGAACAGCCCCUAAGGCUCAAAUGAAUAAGCAGAAAGGUAAAAACAAGCAGCCUCGGAUGGCACCAGCUGCUGCUGUUCAACAUGUUUCUGCCAGAGCAGCUGCCACAAUCCACUCUCUACAGCAGCAUCAAGGUGCACAGUACUUGUCUGCAGCUGGAGUAGCUGCCUCAGCAGCAGCUCCAAGUACUUCUUUUGUUGCUGCUUCGAACUUUUACUCCGUCGAUGCAUCUCAUAAUCAGCAAGACAGUCCAUUCACUAUUUACCAAAAAAAAGACAGUCCAUUCACAGGCCAUGGUGCACAGUACUCGGCUGGACGCUAUAGCUUUUCACGUUCCAUCCCUGAUACGCAUAUGAGUGUAGCAGCUGGAUCUUAUGGUUUUGUGGGUUCCCCUCCUGUUGUCCAGCGCCCAGGAUUGACUGCUGGUGGUUAUGGUCUGCACAGAGAAACAGUAACUGGUCACUAUACAUUAGGAGGAUCUGGUUCUGUUACUUCGCGUAUGGAUUCAUCAAAUGAGCAAUAUGGAACUAGUAUAGCUGCGAGUGGGAGAAGUGGACAGUUCGGAUCAGCUGGAACACUUACUGCCACGGGCAUUUCUUCUAAUGUGAGUCCUCGGAGUUCCCUCUCCUAUUUCCAUGGGGAUCCUCUGAGGGUGCCAAGUUACAAUAAUAGGGCAGCUUUUUCUAGUAGUGGCUAUGAAAUGCCAUCUAAGCGUCCACCUGCUAUUUAUCGCCUUUAGCUUAACUUUGUUACUGGUGGUUGUAAUCCGUUCUUACAUACUCCUUAGAGGAGCAUGUCUAUCAUACAUAAGGAGGUGGAUAAAAGUAUCUACUUGUUUUGCCUUGCCUUUCUGUAAAUGGGUUUUCCUCUACAGUAGUUGGAGAUGGGUUAAGCAUUACGAAUGUUUUUGUGCUGUUUGUUAAUGAUUACUAACAUAAAUAACUGAUGGGAUAUUAAUAGUUUUGAGUAUGGCAAUCUGCGACUUCAAUUUUCACGGGUAAAGAAGUUUUGACCGUUGCAUUUA